CUGGUGGUCCAGCACCUCCAAAACUAUGGAGUACACUCCUGAAAUAUCCUGUUACCUUUUAUGUUUCAGAAUCUUUUAAUGAGCAAUUAUGUUAAUCUGAAAGUCGCUUACCUGUACUUAUUGUUAAUAGCUAUUCUUGUUUUUCUCAUCUACAGAAAAAAACUCUAAUCUGUAUGAUAUUUGUUCCCAUGUUUAGGCAUUUGUCACAUCAACUCCUCUCCUCUCCCAAAGUACUUCUCUUUUUCAAAUCAAACUUUCUUAGUACCUCCUUUAUGAUUCUUUGUCUCUUUUUGUCCAGAUCAACUUUUUUUCACUUUGAUGUCCAGAACUGAAGAAAUGGACUAUUGUAUAAAAAUAAUCAUCGCCAAUAGAAUAAUUGUAGUUGAAACCCAUAUUAUAACAAAGAAUAACGAUUCUAUUUUGUGAUUUGUAAGAAAUACCCAUUUAUAUUUCCUUAACUAUUGAAUUAAAUCGUUUUAAUUAUUUGUAUUAAACCUUUAACUAUCUUGGCAUAUUAAUGCAUUAUCUUUUUAUAUUUUAUGAAUGGUGGACACUUUUAUAGGUACUCUGUCAUUUUUAUACUGUAGGUAUCUUAUUUAUCUUUAUUCUUAAUGUGCAAAUUCAUAUUUGAUUCAAACAAAUUUAUCACUAAUUAACAGUGUCGAUUAUGCUAACAUCUCAUUUAGUGAUUUUAAUUUAAAAUAGCUUUAGUUAACAUGCACGUUUAUGGUUGACGUCUUAAUAAUUUCUUCUUCCUCUUCUCUCUGUCUCUUUUCUCUCCUCUUCUCUUUGUCAGUUCUCUGUGGGUAAACACAAAGAACUGUUAAGGUGUGCCUGUUAUGGACUUGUUGUCCGGGACGUAUAUAUUUGCGGUACUGCUAGCAUGCGUCGUGUUCCAGUCUGGCGCCCAGGAGAAGAACUACACCAUCCGAGAAGAAAUGCCAGAAAAUGUCCUGAUAGGCGACUUGGUGAAAGACCUUAAUUUGUCACUGAUUCCAAAAAAGUCCUUGAAAUCUCCUAUGCAGCUCAAGCUAGUCUAUAAGCCCGGAGAGGUGCCACUGAUUCGAAUUGAAGAGAGUACUGGUGAGAUCUUCACUACUGGCGCUCGCAUUGAUCGUGAGAAUUUAUGUGCUGGUACCUUAAUGGAUAAUCAGUGCUUUUAUGAAGUGGAGGUUGCCGUUUUGCCGGAUGAAAUAUUUAGACUGAUUAAGAUACGUUUUCUGAUAGAAGACAUAAAUGAUAAUGCACCAUUGUUCCCAGCAACGGUUAUCAACAUAUCAAUUCCAGAGAACUCGGCUAUAAACUCUAGAUAUGCUCUCCCAGCGGCCGUUGAUCCUGACGUAGGAAUAAACGGAGUUCAAAACUACCAUCUAAUUAAGGGUCAAGACGUUUUUGGCCUCGAAGUCAUUGAAACACCAGAAGGAGACAAGAUACCACAACUGAUUGUUCAAAAGGAGUUAGAUAGGGAAGAGAAGGAUACCUACGUGAUGAAAAUAAAGGUUGAAGAUGGUGGCUCUCCUCAAAGAUCCAGUACAGCUAUUUUGCAAGUAAGUGUUACUGAUGUAAAUGACAACCACCCAGUCUUUAAGGAGGAGGAGAUUGAAGUCAGUAUACCAGAAAAUGCUCCUGUAGGUACUUCAGUGACACAGCUCCAUGCCACAGAUGCUGACAUAGGUGAAAAUGCCAGGAUCCACUUCUAUUUCAGCAAUCUAGUCUCCAACACUGCCAAGAGAUUAUUUCACCUCAACGCCACCACUGGACUUAUCACAAUCAAAGAACCACUGGACAGGGAAGAAUCACCAAGCCACAGGUUACUGGUUUUGGCAAGUGAUGGUGGAUUGACUCCAGCAAAAGCAAUGGUGCUGGUAAAUGUUACAGAUGUCAAUGAUAAUGUCCCAUCCAUUGACAUAAGAUACAUCAUCAAUCCAAUCAAUGGCACUGUUGUUCUUUCAGAAAAUGCUCCACACAACACCAAAAUUGCCCUCAUAACUGUGACGGAUAAGGAUGCAGAUCAUAAUGGCAGGGUGACGUGCUUUACAGAUAUUGAAAUCCCUUUCAGAUUAAGGCCAGUAUUCAGUAAUCAGUUCCUCCUGGAGACCGCAGCACCUCUUGACUUUGAGUCCACAAGAGAAUAUGCCAUUAAAUUACUGGCUACCGAUGCUGGCAAACCUCCUUUGAAUCAGUCAUCCAUGCUCCUCAUCAAACUGAAAGAUGAAAAUGACAAUCCUCCAGUUUUCACCCAGUCUUUCGUAAGUCUUUCUGUUCCUGAGAAUAACUUUCCUGGUGCACAGUUGACGAAAGUAAGUGCAACAGAUGCAGACAGUGGGCCUAAUGGGGAGAUCAGUUUCCUGCUGGGCAGUGAUGCUCCACCUGAGUUCGAGCUGGAUCGUCGUACAGGCAUGCUGUCUGCAGUGAAGAAACUAGAUAGAGAAAAACAGGAAAAAUAUUUAUUCACAGUUCUGGCAAAAGACAAUGGGGUGCCACCCUUAACCUCCAAUGUCUCGGUCUUUGUCAAUGUUAUUGAUCAGAAUGACAAUAGCCCAAUUUUCACUCACAAUGAAUACAAUUUCUAUGUCCCAGAAAACCUUCCAAAACAUGGUACAGUAGGACUAAUCACUGUAACUGAUCCUGAUUAUGGAGAGAAUUCUGCAGUUACUCUCUCCAUUUUAGAUAUGAAUGAUUACUUCACCAUUGAUUCAGAAACUGGUGUCAUCCGACCAAAUAUUUCAUUUGACAGAGAAAAACAAGAAUCUUACACCUUCUAUGUAAAGGCUGAGGAUGGUGGUAGAGUAUCACGUUCUUCAAGUGUCAGAGUAACCAUAAAUGUGGUUGAUGUCAAUGACAACAAACCAGUUUUUAUUGUCCCUCCUUCCAACUACUCUUACGAAUUGGUUCUACCAUCCACUAAUCCAGACACAGAGGUCUUUAAGGUAAUUGCUGUUGACAAUGACACUGGCAAGAAUGCAGAGCUUCGUUACAGCAUUGUAGGAGGGAACACAAAAGAUCUGUUUGAAAUUGACCAAGUAACAGGCAACAUAACACUGAAGGAGAAAUGUGGUGUUACAGACCUUGGUUUACACAGACUGUUGGUCAAAGCUCAGGACUUAGGACAACCGGAUCCUCUCUUCAGUGUUGUAAUUGUCAAUCUGUUUGUGAAUGAGUCAGUGACCAACGCUACGCUGAUUAAUGAACUGGUGCACAAAAGCAUUGAAUCACCAGUGACCCAAAAUACUGAGAUAGCUGAUACAUCCUCACCAACAAGUGACUAUGUCAAGAUCCUGGUUGCAGUUCUUGCUGGCACCAUAACUGUCGUUGUAGUUCUUUCCAUCACUGCUAUAGUAAGAUGUCACCAGGCACCACACCUUAAGGCUGCUCAGAAAAACAAGCAGAAUUCUGAAUGGGCUACCCCAAACCCAGAAAACAGGCAGAUGAUAAUGAUGAAGAAAAAGAAGAAGAAGAAGCAUUCCCCUAAGAACCUGCUGCUUAAAUUUGUCACUAUUGAAGAAACUAAGACAGAUGAUGUUGACAAUGAUGAAAACAGAGUCACACUAGACCUUCCUAUUGAUCUAGAAGAGCAAACCAUGGGCAAGUACAAUUGGAGCACCACACCCACUACUUUCAAGCCUGACAGCCCUGAUUUGGCCCGACACUACAGAUCUGCCUCUCCACAGCCUGCCUUCCAGAUUCAGCCUGAAACUCCCCUGAAUUCAAAGCACCACAUCAUCCAAGAACUGCCUCUUGAUAACACCUUUGUGGCCUGUGAUUCAAUCUCCAAGUGUUCCUCAAGCAGCUCCGAUCCCUACAGUGUUUCUGACUGCAACUAUCCAGUGACAACCUUCAAGGCACCUGUGUCUGUACACGCCAGACCGCCAAUGAAGGAAGUCGUGAUAUCUUGCACCCCCAUGAAAGAGUCUACAACUGUGGAGAUCUGGACUCAUCCCCAACUACAGCGGAAAUCCGAAGGGAAAGGGGCAGGAAAGUCCCAGCGGCGUGUCACAUUUCACCUGCCAGAAGGCUCUCAGGAAAGCAGUAGUGAUGGUGGACUUGGAGACCAUGACGCAGGCAGCCUUCAGAGCACAUCCCAUGCCCUGCCCCUUGGCUAUCCUCAGGAGGAAUACUUUGAUCAUGCUACGCCCAGCAAUCGCACUGAAGGGGAUGGCAACUCCGAUCCUGAAUCUACUUUCAUUCCUGGACUAAAGAAAGCUGCAGAAAUAACUGUUCAGCCAACUGUGGAAGAGGUCUCCGACACCUGCACUCAAGAAUGUCUCAUCUUGGGCCAUUCUGAUGCCUGCUGGAUGCCGGCAUCUCUGACCCAUUCCAGUUCUUCGCAAGCACGGGCCUCUACUCACCACCACAGCCCAACCGUGACACAAACCGUUGCUCUCUGCCACAGCCCUCCAGUGACACAGACCAUCGCAUUGUGCCACAGCCCUCCACGGAUACAGGCCUCUGCUCUCCGCCACAGUCCUCCGCUAGUGCAGGCUACUGCACUUUGCCACAGCCCACCAUCAGCACAGGCCUCAGCCCUCUGCUACAGCCCUCCUUUAGCACAGGCUGCUGCAGUCUGCCACAGCUCUCCUCUGCCACAGGUUACUGCCCUCCAUCUCAGCCAGGCCCAAAUGUCAAUUAGUUUACAGCAAGGUCGGGUGCAAGGUGCUGAUGGACUAUGCUCUGUUGAUCAGGGAGUGCAAGGUAGUGCAACAUCUCAGUUUUAUACCAUGUCUGAAAGACUGCAUUCCAGUGAUGAUUCAAUUAAAGUAAUUCCUUUGACAACCUUCGCUCCAGGCCAACAGGCCAGACCCUCUAGUCCUGAUUCGCCCGUUAUGGAAGAACAUCCCUUGUAAAGCUAAAAUAGUUAUUUCAAACUUUCAGAAAAGAAGUAUGCAGUCAAAAGUUAAGAUACAAUUUCAAUGAGUAUUCUGAUUAUCAGGUUUGUAAAUAGUUAUGUAAAUAGAUACAGACACCAGAAUAAGACUAGAGCUAGACCCUUAGUCAAAAGUUAACAAAAAAAUUGCAAUUUGUUUAAUUCAGAAUGUAUAUUCAAAAAGAAAAGGAAUUUAACAAUUUGCAUCCCCUUGUACAGUAAGGCUUAUCAUGACAGUGUAUACUAUUUCUGAUGUACAGUAUUUUUGUUGUUUUUUGUCACCAUGUGCAAUAUUACUGAUUUUUUCCUUUCUGAUUGUGUGGAACCAGUAUGUACCUAAUGGAAAGCCUAGAAAUAUCUUAUUUUCCAAGUUUACCUUUAGUUUAUCUCAACUUUUCUUCUGAUAAUAUUUAAAGGUGUACAUACUCUAGCUUUUUUUUGGCUUUUUGUUUGAUUUUUUUGUUGCUUUCGGUUUUUUUUGUUUUUUUUUUUGUUUUUUUUUUUUUAGUGUUUUUCCCUUCAAAAUACACAGUAGGUAGUGUAAAUACUGCUUGUGGUUUGUGUCUCUGUCUCUGCUUUUAUAUUUUCUACUUUAUUCCAGUACUAUAUUGUUGAUAUAAUUUGUAUAUACAUUUUCAAUAAAGAAUAUAUAUAAACUGUACAGAUCUAGGUUUAUAACCUAUUUCUCUACUCUUUAGUAGAGUCCGAGACACAAAAGUGCAAUAUCUGCCCAAAUUAGGCAACUAUUUGCUAAAAAGGGCCUCUUUUUACUUUAAUAGUUUAGUGUAAAGUACAUCAGAAAUAAAACUGUAUCUGCCAUUUUAAGCCUGUAGUCCAUUAUCACUUGGGUCUUUACUUCGGGGAAUUUGUAUGUAACAGUCUAGAAAAUUAAAAGGAGGUGGAUGCAUUCAAUGCAUGAGUCACUUACAGUGUUGACUGCAAAGUACUAUUUUGUAGAGAAACUCAGGAAGAUUUAAAUGUUGAUUUGACAGCUCAAUAGGCUGUUACCAAAGGGUGUUCAGUAAAAAUAACAAAUACCUAUAACUGUACAUAAAAUCCACAUACUAAAUCUACAAGACUAAGGGAUUUUUCUUAUUCUAGCUCAACUUACUGAAGAAAAUGACUAAUAACAACAGGAAAGUCAGGAACAAACUUUUUAAGAAAUGUAAUUCUAAACCGACAUCAAACAUAGAAUUUUAAGGAAAAAUGCAGAGAGAGAAAUAAGGCUCAUGACUGCUUCUUGCGGUCAACAAGAAUAUACACAAAACAAAACAAAACAAAAAAACAAGAAAAUCUCAUAUAUAAUAUUAAAUAUGUCCUUCUAAGCAAAGAAACAGUAUUAUUCAGAGAAAACAUUAGUUUUCUUCUGUUAUCUGUUCUUUACUUUUUUUCUUUUAUCCUCUUAACUGGCCAUUAUCUUCUAUGUGCGUAUUUCAUAAAUUUACAGAAACACUACCAAUUUAUUUUUCUUCCAUAGUAAAACUGAGAAAAUAUCUUGUUUCAGUGUAACACUAAACCAAUUGAUGUUUAAUGAGGGCAGUCGGGAGGAGUGAAUAUCUCCUAUUGAUUAAGUUAGACAUAGAUUUUGUGAUGUGUAACUUGAUAUUUAAUUUACAACUAAACUAUGUGUAAAUUGUGUAACAUAAACUGUGGUAAUUGCAUAAUUUCAUUAGUGAGGAUCUCCACUGAAUGUGGAGAAAGCUUUCCAUGUGCCCAGCAGGUUAAGUGCCGUUUUCAGAAUAUAUAUUAUUCCAUCGAUUGUAAAGCUCCUUAAAUCAUAUUUGAUUGGACGUGCAGAAUAACUUUUAACUAUCAGUUUAACCCAAUUAAUAUAUUUAUUUUUCUUUUGUGUUUGUUGAUGUUCCAAGGGAUUUGGAGCAUACUGGUUUUCCAGGUGCAUGUGAAUCCUGAAGGACUGAUGAUAUUUGAACGUUUAUUAAUAUUAUAUAAAUGUGUUGCUAUUGUUGCUAUUGUUGAUGAAAAUUUUGAACUUGAAGAUAAAGAAAAAAUAAUGACAAAAAUCAGUGCUUACAGUAGAUUUUAGAACACUUUUUGCCUCAACAACUUGAAAGAUUAUGUGAAUAAGAUUUUUUCUUGUAUUUUAAUUAUUUUCACAUUUUCUCUCUGCAAACCUUUAAUUUUGUUAUGUUCUACACACACACACACACACGCACACACAUACACACACACGCACACACAGACACUCUUAACGGAUACAAAAGGAAGAGGCUGAAAGAUUAUUAAAUAACUUAUCAGGCAUCUCAAUGAUUACUAUCUAUGUUAAUGAAAAUCGAAUAGGACCCCAAGCUGGAUAUUUGGGAUUUUUAUUCUGGUAGUAUAAUUUACUGAGUUACUUGGGAGGUUCCUAAAUCCUCAUGUCUAAAAACUUGUGAAGUUUUGACACCUUUCCUAUACAUAUAGGAAUGAACCAAUAUGCUUUUAUUACCCUUUCUAACUCUGAUUUUAUAAUCAGACUUAGAUUUGUGUUUCGAAUAUUAAAUGACUGGGCACCCUCUUCUUGGUUUGCACCGGAGAGGCUUUGAAUGGAAGCAGGCUGAGAGUAGCCGAAGAGGCAAGGGGAGUGAGCCCAGUUAUUCUCCCCUAUGCAUUCUCUUUCUAAGCUUCCACUAGGACUGACCCUGGAAACCUGUAACUUCUAGGGCUUCAGAUCUGAUGAAAUCUGUUUCAUCACAUUACAGAUUCUUUCUUUGACUGAAUUAGACAGAGGUAUCGGUUGACACAGCUCACAGGUGGCUAUUGUGAUGUAUGAAGAUGUAGUCCUAGAACUGCAAAAUGUCUUAACCGUCAAUCAAAAAGUAGUUCUGUUUUAAAAAGAAGGAUUUGGUUUUAUUUGAAAUUAAAACUUCAAACUGAAUGUCUUAUAUGAGAAUACUAGGUUCAAUCAAACUACUUUUUCUGUUUUGUGUCCAUAUUCAAUUAGAUUGAACUUAUUAAUUUUCUAGCUAUCGCAUUACUAUUACACGUGUAAGUAUGUAUUCAAAUACUAAGUACCUUUAUGCUACGUGCAUACACACUCUUUUCUUAAACUUUAUCUUCGUUUUAACUAAUAUUGUGUCAGUGUAUUAAAAAUUAGCUUUUACAUGUGAUGACUACAAUGUAAUAAAUUUAGAGAGUAAUUUUGUGUAGUCUUAUUUAGUUACUUAACAUUUUAUUUUUAAUUAUAUAUGUUUGGUUAGAAAAAAUGAUUGUUAAAUGGUUAGUGCUAUUGUGUAAUGGUAACAGUUACAAAGAGCCUCUGCCUUCCCAAACUAAUAUUUAUCACACACAGCCAUUAAAUGGGAAAAACUAAGACUAAAAAAAAUCACAAAUUGUUCAGUUCUUAAAACGUAAUCAUAUCACACACAAAACAAAAAUCCUUUUCAAUCUUGAGAAAGUUAAGGGAGUUUUACUCACGUAUAUUUCAACAUUAGGUUUUUUUUGUUUGUUUCUUUUUCAUGUUAUUACUGAAGUUGUGUGUACUUCCUAAUAUACAUUUAUGAAAAUCUACUUGUUUAGACUUUAUUUAUACACUUCUGAUUUAUAUUUUUCAUUAUUAUUAUUUCUUAUCUUUCUUUUAUAUUUUUUGAAAACCAAAUCUAUAGUUAGUUUGGAUAAAAUUUUUAUCAUUAUCAUUAGAAACUAUGUUGAAUGUUUCCAACUGGCCCCAUUGGCCUGGAAAACACGGGAGCAAGAGAAGCUGAAAUAUAUUUCUACGAGAACCUUUCUAUAUUAUGUGCCAAUUACCACACCAGAUCAAUUUUAUGCAGAGGCCUUAAAAUAUUCUUUCACAGUAGCUUUCUUACACUAACCAUCAUGUGCUUUUAGUAAAUACAAUUUUUAAAAGCAGUGCAAGUUGAAAACAGCAGAAACAGUAACGCUCAGAAAAAAAAAAUGUAUGUGCACAAAUAAAAAAAAAUGAUGGCAAUUGUUUAGUGAUUGUAAGUGAUACUUUUUUAGGAGUAAACUGUGUGAAAUUUAUGCUAUCCCUGCUUAAAACGUUAAAAAUUUUAUAAAAUAUAUAUUUAUGUUUGUGUUGUGGAAAGAUUCCUCCUCUGUGAUAUUAUACAGCAUCUGAAAGUGAACAGUAUCCCAAAGCAGUUCUAACCAUGAUUUGGAAGUAAGAAGGUUGGCUAUUGUAUGGCUGAGGGUGGUAGUGUGUAAUCCAGCAGCAAAUUUGUAUUAAUUGUUCUAUUUCAGGUUCUGUAUUGCAUGUUUUCUUAUUAAUAUAUAUAUAUUAAUAAAAGUUAUGAAAAA